AUCAGUAUAGUCUGUGACAAAAUGCUAUGUAAUUAAAGUUUGAAAGCAAGAAUAAUUUAUGCCGAUUUCCUUAAACUCGCGUUUUGCGAUAUUUCUUUUUUUGUGAUAAAUUUGUUUGGUAUAAAAUAAAAUGUCGAGUACCUCCCAAAAACAUCGCAACUUUGUUGCCGAACCCAUGGGUGAAAAGUCUGUUACAGAUUUAGCUGGUGUUGGUGAAGUGCUAGGAAAGCGUCUAGAAACCGCUGGCUUUGAUAAAGCUUAUGUUGUAUUGGGUCAAUUUUUGGUAUUGAAAAAGGACAAGGAAUUAUUUCAAGAAUGGAUGAAGGAGACAUGCAGUGCUAAUUCCAAACAAUCUGCUGACUGCUACCAAUGUUUAAAAGAUUGGUGUGAUGAAUUUUUGUAAACAUUUACUGAGUGAAAGGAUACUUUAUUUUAUAUAUACUUGUAUAUGUAAUAGCUACAUAUGGUUAUAAUAGGUGUAUUGUGUAAAUAAUAUAAGAUUUGUUAAAUUAACUGAACAAAUUAUGUCUAUUUAAGUACAAAUGUCUGUUCAGUAUAUUCUAUUAUAAGUAUAAGCUGUGUGGAAUAUAUGUUUUUUUGAAAUCCUAAUGAUUCUUAAUCUGUUGAUUGUCAUAAUUUUAAUUUCUGGUCACACAAUUUUGUAGAAUUCAUAACUGAUCUAAUAAUUUGUUAUUCUGAUAAUAUAUGUUUUAAUAAUAAA